CUGACUGGGGUUGGGAGAGAUUACCUACAACAUGGAAAGGUUAUGGGACAAAUAGACGUCAUAGUCCAAACAACUUUACCCCAAAAUCACAAAGGGUGGAUUAACCAAGAGCUGUGGUAGCGCGGGCCGAGCUCGAAGCUUCCGCACUUAAUUUUUAGCAGGGGCGGAUGGAGAAGGGUCGUGCUGCGACGUAAGAUGGCGGCGCCCUGAGGAACUGAGAGGUUGGAGGAGGCACAGAUGAUGAUCCUGCUGUGACCUUGAGCCUCCAGUCAGCAGCAGGCCCAGUGGUACGGAAGCAUGGCCCAGCAAACCACUGUGUGGGAGCACCUGUAUCUGCUGGAAUCUUCAGACCUGCAGCAACUGGAUCAGAUCCAUACACUCAUCAGAGAACACCUUAUCGCAGAUCGCUCCCCCAUUCUGGUCAACAACCUGGUGGAUCAUUAUGUGGAAACUGGCUCAGAACAAGCAAUGCUCAUCCUUUCGAUGGUCCAGGAACCUCAUGACAAGCACCUUUUGGAUAAGAUAAAUGAGUAUUUGGUUAAAGCUGCUAGCCGUUUGCCAACGCUAACGCUGUUAGGCCAUGUGAUCCGUCGGCAGCCAUCUUGGAAGCACAAACUCUCCCAGGCGCCCGUCCUUCAGUCUCUGCUCAAGUGUCUCAAGGUAGACAAUGAUGUUGUCGUCCUCACCACGGGAGUCCUAGUUUUAAUUACUGUGCUGCCAAUGAUUCCACAGUCCGGCAAACAGCAUCUCUACGAGUUCUUUGACAUAUUUGGACGCCUGGCAAUUUGGUGCUUAAAGAACCCUGGUUGUGUAGCAGAGAUGUGUCUCGUCCAUCUUCACGCCAGCGUUUAUGCCCUCUUCCAUCGGCUUUAUGGGAUGUAUCCGUGCAAUUUUGUAUCGUUCCUGCGCUCCCAUUACAGUAUGAAGGAAAACCUGGAGACCUUUGAGGAAAUAGUCAAGCCAAUGAUGGAGCAUGUGCGAAUUCACCCAGAGCUUGUAACUGGCUCAAAAGACCAUGAAGUGGACCCAAGCAGGUGGAAGAGGUUAGAAACACAUGACAUUGUUGUAGAAUGUGCCAAAAUAUCUCUGGACCCCAGUGAAGCUUCCUAUGAAGAAGGAUAUUCCCCCCUUUCCAAUCGCCUGCGACAGAGGCAACAUGACGCCACGUCCAGCCCCUAUACCGAAAUUGGAAGUAAUUAUGGAAGCAAUGCCUCCACUCCUCGAAAGUUUACACAGAGUGCGCCACUUCACACUGGAGGCAUUGAGCUACUGCAGGAUAGCAUCUGGAGCCCGUCCAUCGUUUGUGGAAUGACCACACCACCUAACUCGCCUGCCAAUGUGCUUGCAGAUGCGCCUCAUUCCUCCUCUCGUCCCCCUAGCAAAGUUCUCUACACACCCGGGGGAAAAGCAACACCUCUUGGAACACCAGCAACCUCCCCACCUCCAACCAGCAACUCUGAGGAAUGUACACCAGUCACAGGUGCUCCGCUAACACUGACACCCCACAAGAAGAAUGAAUUCUCUGAUCCGGGGAGGCAGCUGCUCAGCAAGGGAGAUAAGAGCACUGACGAAUCACCAAAGACGCAGAAGACCGUGUAUUUGAGUGAGCUUCCAGAUAUUAUUGGUGAUUUUGCGGCAGACCACAAUAGCACUGAGGAAGAAAUAAAGAAAAAUGGUCACGCUGCUAUAUGCCAGGAGCUGUCUCAGAUCACCAUGCCUGACCCUGAGCCUACCGUGCUAAGAGGAGGUUUUGAUUCCCCUUUCUCUCUCCGCUGUGACAGUCAGCCCGGCUCUCAGAAAAAGCUUACCUCCUAUAGUGUUGGCCACAUCUCUGAACAUUCAGCCACCGACAAGCUCCAGUAUAAUGUGUCCCACGACAACUCCAAACAGGCGUUCACUCCCAUUGAACCACCCAAUGGCACAGACAUUGCAACAGACUCAGGGAAGCCGUCAUCUAACAACUCUUUGCCCAGCGCUCUGGACAUCUUCACACCUCAGGUUCAAAAAAAUUCAUCAUGUUUCAGCUUGGCUCCCUAUGAGCAUCUCUUUGAGCUGGCGUUGCCCAAAACCGCUAACAUGUUCGUCUGCAAGAAGACAGAGGAGCUGUGCAGGAGAGGCAAGGGAAACCUUGAGGAGUUUGCCUUUUCCAUUUCUCCAGCGGAGGUGCUUGACCGACUCAUUCAAUUGGGAGCAGAUGCCCACACAAAAGAGCUAAGCAACAGGUUGUCUUUACCCAGCAAAGCCGCUGACUGGACUCACUUUGGUGGAUCCCCGCCAACGGAUGAGAUUCAUGUUCUUCGCAACCAGUUGGUUCUACUUCACAACCAGCUUUUGUAUGAAAGGUUCAAAAGGCAGCAGCACGCCCAGCGCAACCGCCGCCUGCUGCGAAAAGUGAUCAAGGUGACUUCACUGGAGGAACAGAAUGCUGCUAUGAAAAACCAGUUAAAGCUGCAGGAGGUGGAUAUGCACUCUAUCAAACAGAGCCUCUUCCAGGAACAGACACGCUACCGGCAGCUUCAGGAAGAGCGCGACUCUGUGGCCACUCAACUGCGCAGCCAGAUCCGUCAGCUCCAGCACGACCGAGAUCUCUUCUAUAACCAGAGCCAGGAACUGCAGACCAAGCUGGAGGAUUGCCGCACCACCAUUGCAGAUUUACGUCUGGAGGUGAAACAAGCCAAUAAUAAAGUGUGCCAUACGGAGCUCCGUCUGAGCCAGGUUUCUCAAAAGCUCUCCAACAGUGAGUCUGUGCAGCAUCAGAUGGAGUUUCUGAACCGUCAGCUCCUGGUUCUGGGAGAGGUGAAUGAGUUGUAUGUGGAGCAGUUGCAGCAAAAGCAGACAAAUAGCACAAAGGAAGUAGAGAUGUUGCAGACUUCAUUUAAAAAGGACCUGGAGAAGGCCCGAUUGAAUGUUGUGCAGCUGUGUCAGAGGCUAGAGUGCACCCAGAAACGUAUAGUGGAGCUGGAAGCUCAGCUGGCCAAGAAAGAAUCCCUGUUUCAAGAACAGAAAAAAUUCUUGGAGCAUGUUAAAGGGAAGAGCAGAGGCCAGCUGCAAGCAGCGGAGAGCCGAUACCUUGCUCAGAAGAGGAUAAGCCAGGUCUUUGAAGUCAAAAUCCUCAGUCUGUACAACAGGUUGGAGAAGGAAGGGCUUUUGAAAAGUCAAAGUGAAGAGAAGGCGGAGACGGCAGAAGCUGCAGAAGAAAGGUGUGACCUCAACAUUGCAAGUGUUUACAGUCCUGAUGUUGGCGUUAUAGAAGAAGUCAAUGGUAGUAGUGAAAAUAAUUUGCCUGCCAACCGCACAAGCUCGUCUAGUAGCCCGAGCAGCAGCACCCUCUCCACCCCAGAAAAAGGCACAAAUUUGCAGCUCAGCCGUCGGCAGUUACUAGAGAUCCCUUCCAGUGGCCACUUGACUAUCGGCUCAUACCCCAACGCCAAAAGUUUCCUCGGCAUCCGGGCUCGCGAGCUGUUCCGCAACAAGAGCGAGAGCCACUGCGACGAGGAAAGCAUCAGCAGCCUCUCGGAGAUUCUGAAAACUGAACUCUGCCAGGAGCUUAUCCCAGAGACGAACGUGGGCGACUCCCCCCAAAAUCCAGAUUGUGUGAGGGAUCUUCAGAUCAUGGACUAUGACUAAUCCUCCAGCCCCGUCAUGACCCUGAGUUGGGAGGCAAGCAAUCAGUGUUAAAAAGUCCUUCUGGCUCCUGGCUUUAAGGUGGUCUGGACCCUGUUAAUAAAACCAAUCUCACUACUUCUGCAGUGCAAUGGUAGCAGACUUUCCAAACUGGAAGGUAACGUCACAAAUGACAAUUUUCUUUUGUUACCAUCAUCUCAGUCUUUUUUUCCCCAUUCCCUAUUCAUUUCCUCCCAUAUGCAGGUAUUGAUGUGAGAAACUCGACACUUUGUAGACUCUGCCUAAUCAGCAGGACAGUAUAUGCUAUUUACCCUCUCCCAUUCCCUCCAUAAACAUGGUCAUUUUUUUUGAGAGCACUUUCUGGCUUGUAACAAGUAGACCUAGUACUACAUUUUCUUUUUGUUGUUUUCUCUAAUCAUAACCGGCUCCCUGACACAUCAUUUGGCUAUAGAUUGACCAACAGUAAAAUUCCAGCUUUAAAUAAUUUUUUUUUAAAUGACCCCUUUUAGCACUGAAAUAUGGCAGCUCCAGCAUGUGGUUCGUUUAAAAGUGACCUUACCAAUAACAAUAGCAGGAUGCCAAAUAAUAAGGGACCAAGUUAGGGGCUUUCCUUAUUCAGUGAAAGACUUGCACCGGUCUCAUAAUAACCCUCAGCUCUGGCUGCGCCACUGCCUUCAGAUCCUCGCAAUUUCACAACCUGUUGGUAACGAAGGGUUUUAUUAUGGAUCCUUCCCUCUCAGCGGAGGUUAGAUAUACAGGACAGGAAGGGGUUGAUUUCUAAUGAUGACAUUUUGCACUUUGAGAGAACCCAUUCUUAGGAAACACUAGAGCGUAUCCUGUGAACCUUUAUAUACCACAGUAUCAUGUUCAUAUUUAUAUAGAAGGCACACGCAAAUGCUGGCAUCAUGAGCAGCCCUCGACUUGCAAGGCUUAACAACGUCAAAAAAUCUGACUCCGGUAAAUCUGUAUAAUUUAUUUAGAAUAGCAGGCGGUUUUUUUUCCCUUUUAGUUUGUGUAUAGUCAUAAAGUACCUUUUUUUUUUUUUGUAGAUAACACACUUAAUUUUAAAAUGUUUGAUGUAAUGAUAUACAUCCAUGUAUUACAUGAGACCCGAGUUGCGUUAAGCCCCCCUGUGGACGCGUCGGGCGUGUUUGAUUUAACAUUAAAACUAAGACAGAAUCUUUGACAUACAAACGUGAGCACCAACCGCUGCUAAACGCUUGACACGCUUGUAAUCGAUCUCAUUUACAGAAUGACAUUGGUUUAUUUAACCUAUGAAGAUUGCCAAAGAGCGAUUGGACACCAUCCUGUUCCAAUGUUGCCUUUAAAGUCGAAGACUAACAAUGUUUAGUGUUUGCUCUUUCUUUAUCGCGGUCAUUCACAUGAAGUUCUCAUUUCCUUCUUUCUGACAUCUACCUUUAAACUGCCCCCCAAUAGUGUAUGGUCGUGAUCUGGGCAGCUCCCGCAUUACCGUUUCUUUUGCUUCCUCCCUCCAAGCCAGCAGUUUGUGCCCCAUGGUUGCCACCCCACGUUUCAUGGUAUGCUAGCCAGAAUUUCAUGAUUGCUACGAGUCAGGUCACAGGAUGAAAAAAAAAGUGGGAUGCUAAGACUCAAUGCUGUCUUCGCCAGGAUGCCCAGAAAUGUUUAAGACUAUUAGCUUGUGUUUAACUGUGAACAAAUAAAACAAACCAUUGUUUUGCACUA